CACAAACUUCAAUCACAGAAUCGGAAAUCGACAAGAUCCCUUCGCGCUGUUUGCUAGCUCCUGGCUUGACGUGGCAUUGUAAGUGAACAAGUGCUGAUUUGGCAGAUGAGGUUACAAGACGUAUUACAGGUGGUGAAGUCAUUGAAUAUUCGAGGUCUUGUGGGGGAUUUAAAUCACUUGUUGCCGGAUCGGGUUAACCUUAAGCUUUCUCGAGGCUGUGGCUUCCCUUCAGAUUCGAAGCUAAAACUCGAGAACUUCAGCCUUUCCGCCCAAACUUAUUUUCUUUCAAACCAACACCGCAAUUUCGAUCGCCAUCAACACGCAUUGGAGAUCUUGAGUGCGCGAUACAAAGGUGUAGAUUCUGAUUACAAAAUGGCCGGUCAAAGCGGCUAUGGCUGCUCGAAUGGCUCAUCGUCGACGCGGUACACCUUGACUGCGCUCAAUCGAUGGUCUGUCGCAGACAAGCAGCAACUUCCUGCGAUCGAUAAGAUCAAAGCCUUGCAUGUCUAUGACUUCGACAAUACUUUAUUCAACAGUCCUUUGCCGAAUCCAAAGCUAUGGAAUGGCCCGACCAUCGGCUUCCUACAAUCUCAAGAUACAAUUGCGAACGGUGGAUGGUGGCACGACGCGAGAAUCCUCGCAGCUACUGGUGAGGGACUCGAGAAAGAAGAACCAAGAGCUUGGAAAGGCUGGUGGAACGAGCGCAUUGUUGAGCUUAUCCAGCUUAGCAUGCAACAGAAAGAUGUCCUGACGAUCCUUCUUACUGGUCGAGCAGAGUCUGGCUUCGCCGAGUUGGUGAAAAAGAUGGUCACAAGCAAAGGACUGGACUUCGAUAUCAUAUCAUUGAAGCCAGCUGCGGGCCCGAACAAUGAGCGCUUCUCAAGUACCAUGAACUUCAAGCAGAACUUCUUGGAAACCUUGAUGGAGACAUACAGAGGUGCAGAAGAGAUCAGAGUCUACGAAGACAGAGCCAAGCAUGCCAAAGGCUUUCGAGACUAUUUCACGGAUUACAACAAGCGUCAGAACGGUGUUGGAGGUUCACCUACACGUGGACCUAUCACUGCUGAAGUGGUCCAAGUGGCCGAUGGAGCUACCCAGCUGGACCCUGUGAAAGAGACUGCGGAAGUGCAGCGCUUGAUCAAUGAUCACAACCUUGCUAUCAACAACGGCCGGCGGGGCCCACGUCUUCAGAUCAAGAAGACGGUUUUCUACACAGGCUAUUUGAUCAACAACGCUGACACGCAAAAGCUACUUACUCUAGCCCAAGUACCACCCAACAUGCCUGACUCCGAGCUCAAGUUUCUUGCCAAUAACGUCCUUAUUACUCCUCGGCCUUGUCAGAACAGUAUUCUGGAGAAGGUUGGUGGAAUGGGCAGCAAGACAACUUGGGAGGUAAUAGGAACAGCUGUCUACGAGAACAAAAUUUGGGCUGCAUGUGUCCGUCCUGUCCCAGAGACCAAGAAGUACUAUACCGAAAAUCCUGUACCAAUCAUUGUCCUCGUUCUGCGUAAAGGUGCCCGUCCUAUCGAUGCAGGUAAGAUCCAGAACUGGCAACCUGUCCCUCCAGAGAAGCAAUUCGUCUUUGAGAGCACUGUUGGCGAGAAGGUCUUGCUUCGCAUUGAGGAUGAGGAUCCCAGAGAGAACGAGUAUGAAAGCCUGUUUCCCAACAAAACCUUCAAACGCAAGCAUGCACCUGAUGAUGACCCUCCUAGGCGAGACAGCGGUUCGUACGGACACGCGCAGAACUCCAACAGUGGUCGUGGAGGUUACCAGCAAAAUUAUAACGGUGGCCCUAGGGGCGGACGCGGUGGCCACCGUGGUGGCGGUGGCAGUUCUUCACGUGGAAGAGGUGGAAAUAGAGGAGGCAAUGGCGGAAGAAGCAGAGGCCGAGGUGGUUACAACUAUCGAUCGUUAGACGAUGUUGGUGAACGAGGCAACAAUACGCCCCCGAGCUACAAUGCUGCUGUUGCCUACGAAGACUUCCCGCCACUUCAAAAGCAAUAUCAGACUCCGCAGCAAUUGGUCCAGCAGCAAUUCCAACAAUACCACCAAUAUCAGCAACAGAUGCAAGGAAAGGGUGGAAAUAGCGGUGGUGGCGGCGGUAACCAGGAGUUACAGUACUUCUAAGGAUGUGGUUGGUGAUUGUGCAUUAUUGGCGUACUAUCUGUAGAGUACAGGGCGGGAGUUUUUUGCUUUACUUUUGAUUUGCAUUGGAGGAGUUGGGAUUAUUCUGAUAUCCAAGAUCGCUUCCUAGAGAGCUGGGUCUAUCUCGUAUGGAUAGGAGAUAGGGGUUAAGCUCUUUGUAUGUUAUAUCAUAGCUUGGUCGCAAGUCUACUGAAUCAAAG